GUGCUGUUAACAAAGCGAGGUAGUCUAUUAUAGCCCCUUACCACUGGAAUUUUAUGCCCCCAAGGCUAUAAACAUCUUCUAGACUCUAUAUAAACUUGAAUACUUUCUAUCUUUGGAUUAACUUUUUUUCUUUUCUACAAACUAUUUCUCUCCCACACUUCUUUACGCAAUGACAUUGGAAACGAUGCAACCUUUUGAACAAUCAUUUACUUUAAAACAAGAUCACGACGAGGAGAAUCGUCCGAACUGCAUGUUCGCACCAUCACCCGUUGCCGAAUCAGAAAACUACCUUCUCGAAACUUUCCAUCAGUACCCUCAUGGAGACUUCCGUCCUACAUUCUACAACCCCUUUGAGAUAAAACACAGACGUCGUACUUCUCGUGCUCAACUUAAGGUUCUGGAAAAAUCAUUUUCUGAAAAUCCUAAACCUAGUGCAACCAUCCGUCGCAUUCUCGCCCAGAAACUUGACAUGACGCCCCGCGGUGUCCAAAUUUGGUUCCAGAACAGACGUGCCAAGGCAAAGUUGCUGAGACGAAAAUCAAAUGUUCAGCAACAACGUCACCAUCAACAAUUAAAUCAGCAGAGCUCUGACGAGAAUGACGAUGAAGACUACGAAGAAGAAUAUAACAGUGAUAGUAACAGAUCGAUGGAGAAUAAAUCACCAAAGGACUCUUCUACCUCUGAUCUCAAUCAGUCAUCAGUCUUAUUCUCUCAAUUCUUUGCAAAUGUCCAGAAUACUCAUGAAUUGGACGAUCACUCGGUCUUUCAGUCCUUUAUGCCAACAAAUGACAUCAAUCAUUCUCAUCAACAUGCUAGAGACACCAUGAAUUGGUCUGCAUGGCAAAAUCAGCAAAAUUCAAUCAGCGACAAUGUGCGCACUGUUGCAACUGUCGCUGCAGCAACUGCUGUAGCAACUUCAGUAACACCAGCAGCAUCUCAUCAUUAUGACCCUUCCAUUUUUUCUCUGGGUGGAGCAAGAAAUUGGCUUAGCCAUGAAAAUAACGAAGAAAUGUUCCAUUCACAGUCUUUGAGAAGAAAAUCAUGCCCUGCACCAAAGAAUACAAUGGUCAUGUCAGAUAUGCAUUAUAACCAUCAACACGCUGCAUACCUCUCUCCAUCUUGGUCAAACUCUAUGAUGGCUCGGAACAAAAAAUAUGAAGAACCAGAAAAUUCUUCACCUAUGCCAAUGCUCAAUAACUACAAGAGAAAUUUUUCUUAUGAUGCCAACACAGCUAACCAAGCUAUGGAGUAUUAUUCUAUGCAAGAUAUAAAUAUUAACUAUGCCUCCAAUCAUCAACAAUUAACGCCUCCAUUGACAGCUUCCUGUUCUGCAUCAACAGUCGCUGGCUCGCCUAUUUCGUUAGACAAUUUAUACAACGACCCUGUUGUCGUCCCUCAUAACAAUAAUGUAUAUUAUGGUAACAGCAAUAGCAAUAAUUUAUCAUCACCAUUUUCUACAACAAAUUUGGUCACGGAUAUGAUUCCCAAUUUUGUUUAAAAAGAAGAUCCAGGUCGCACACAUCUUUCCAUUCAUUAUUUCAUGCUGAUUCAACUAUACUAUAUACCUCAAGCUGUAUGAAAACAUUUUUUUUAUUGCUAUAUCUCAUUAUGCCCAUAUCUUUUUUCUUAACCAGCCUUUCAUAAACACAUCUAAAAAAAUUCACGCUUUCAAU